CCGGCUUUCUAUCUUCAACAUAACCGAGUUUCGGUCUCAUGGCUCAGCUGUACGAGCACAAGCUUCCCGAAUAUAUUUUUACCGAGAAACUUGGACAGGGAACGUAUGCGACUGUCUUCAAAGCGUACCACAAGACAGGUGCACGACGAGUCGUUGCUAUAAAAUGCAUCUCCAAAAGCUCUCUCACGAAGACAGCAACCGAGAAUUUGCUUACGGAAAUAGCGAUAUUAAAGAGAAUAAAGAACGAGCACAUUGUGGAACUUAUAGACUUCCAGUGGAAUCAGCAGUUUAUUUACCUCAUUAUGGAAUACUGCGCGGGCGGCGAUUUGCACCGCUUUAUACGGGCCAACAAACGACUUCGAGAGUCCAUAGUUCGCAAAUUUCUUCAGCAGCUUGCAAAGGCACUGCGGGUUCUCCAUCAACACAAUAUUGCUCACAUGGACCUGAAGCCACAGAACAUCCUUCUCUCUUCCGUGCGGAAUCCUUCUCUGAAGCUCGCAGCUGAUGCAUUCGGCCAGACGGAAGGCUUCAAUAACACGGUCGGGGACGCGGGAGAACUGCUACGGCGAUUCUCUCGCCGUGAGGGUACUGCUGAAAUAGGUGGCCGAUGA